AUGGCGCUCGCGCGUCGAUUCAAAAUAUGGGAUAACCCUAAGACGCGAAGAGCGUUGCGCCGCAGCGCACUUUUUCCCCCAACCUCUAUCUCUUCUUCCUCCUCUCUUCCCCAACCGCCGUCGCAGCAGCAGCACCGGCCGCCGCCGCACACCCUACCUCCGUUACCACCUUCUGCCAUCAUUCCUCUUUCCCCUCUCACCACCACCCGUUCUCUCUCUCCCUCUCACUCCUCUCGCCCACAUCACCGCGACCGACCCCUCCGCCGCCACCCCGUCAUCACUGCCGGCGGCCCACUCCCGCUCUCCCCUUCCCGCUCAUUCCUCUCUCAUUCUCCUCUUUCAUCAUCACCGUUCCGCCUUCCCUCGGUUUCUCAUCUUCUAGUAGAACCACGGCGCCGGCCAUCCUCACCGCCACCGUUCACGGUGGUGCCAGUGCCUAUCCCUGCUGGCCCUAUCUAUCCCAGCUUCCUCUCCAUUCUUAGCUCUUCUCUGCCCCCAGCUUGCUUUUUUGGUUUACUUGUUCACUUUUGCAUAUUCAUUGCAACAUCAUGA